GUGUGGCGUCUGUCUUCUUCUGUUCCUCUCUCACCAUCGCCGGCAAUCCACUCGCCCUAAGAAAAUAUUCGAUGCGUUCACUUCUUAACGCAGACCGCUGAGACUCCACCGGAAGAAGCAGAAGAGGAAGAAGAAGAAGUGGAGGAUGGUCCCGCAACACGAAGAAGGAGAGAAGGAGAUCGAGUUGGAAUCUUCCAGCGUCAAUUCCAGCUCUCUGACGACGGCACCCCCGCCUGUUCCAGCCUUGGUGCUGUCCAACUCCGGGAAGCGAAUUGACCAUGCUGCAUCGGCGACGGGGUCUCCGACGGGAUUCCCGGUGUUGGUCCUAUCGAGUUCCGGUAAGCGGAUGGACCAGGCUUCCUCGUCGGCGGCGUCCCCCACGACGGCUCCAGCGCUGGUACUGUCGAACUCGGGGAAGCGAGUGGACCCAGUGGGGAAGAAGAAGUAUGUGAAGCAGGUGACAGGCCGACACAACGACACGGAGAUCCACCUCGCGGCCCAUCGCGGAGACCUUGCCGCGGUCAGGCAGAUUCUCCGCGAGAUUGAUGCCCAGAUAACGGGGGAGGAGGGCGCGGCUGAGUUCGACGCCGAAGUGGCUGAAAUACGCGCCGCAAUGGUGAACGAAGUGAACGAAGUAGAGGAGACUGCGCUUUUCAUCGCUGCCGAGAAGGGUUUUCUUGAUAUUGUUGUUGAGCUGUUGAAGUAUUCGGAUCGGGAGAGCCUCUCCAGGAAGAACAGAGUGGGCUUUGAUGCUCUCCAUGUGGCUGUAAGAGAAGGGAAACAAGGUAUUCUUGGUACCAUAUCAUAAUGAGAAGCCAUCAAUAACGGCCUUCAAUAUCUUUUGAAAUUGAAAGUAAAGCUAUUGUGGUUGACAAUGAACA